AUGGGUGGAGCAAGCUGCAACAAUUCUCCUAACUGUGACUCACCACUUCUGUAAUGAGAGAGCAUUCCAAGAAUGGACGUUAAGGAGAAAAUAUGUUGGUGUGUAUCGCCAGAGGUGGGUGAGAAAACCUGGAACCAUAACCGCUGUCCAGGAGGCCUGGGGCCAACUCCAUUGACCAGAUCUGCCUGUUUUUCUCAGGGAUCAAGUCUGGCCUGUGUAUGUGGCAAUUGGAACAUGAAUCACAGACGCACAAGCAUUCUGAGCCCUGAAAGCUGAAAUGCAGACACAGUGGUACCCCUGGCGAUGACUGUGUUUCCAUAGUACAUACACCACGAUGAGCCAGAUUUCUGCUUGGCAGAUAACCAAAGGCAAGAGGGGCUAAUCUGUCUACAUUCUGAGUGCUGUCUUCUGCAAGACCACGAUAGCAGGCCCAAGGUCACCCUGCUACUGUACCCUUACCCCACCCCAGACAUGACUCUGGGCUCUGCCUGAGGCCAGCCGUAUGAAGAUGACCAGCAACUUCCUAGCAUGACGACCUUGGACCAUGUGAUCGCUACCCAGCAGUCCGAGUGGGUCUCCUUCAAUGAGGAUCCACUCUUUCCUGUCCCUCCUGAGGGGGGCACCGAAGAGCACCUCCCGGGACUGUCCUCUUCCUCAGACCAGUCCGAGAGCUCCUCGGGGGAGAACCACGUGGUGGACGGAGGCUCUCAGGACCUUUCCCACUCGGAGCAGGAUGACUCCUCUGAGAAGCUGGGCCUCAUCUCUGAAGCGGCCUCUCCUCCUGGGAGCCCGGAGCAGUCCCCACCUGACCUGGCCUCGGCCAUCAGCAACUGGGUUCAGUUUGAAGAUGACACACCCUGGACCAGCCCGUCACCACCUCCUAAAGAAACAGGCCUGCCAUUGACCAUGCCCUGCUGGACGUGCCCUUCCCUGACCUCGCUGGGGAGAUGCCCUCUGACCUCCGAGAGCAGCUGGACCACACAUUCUGAAGACACCAGUAGUCCUAGCUGUGGCCCCUCGUACACAGACCUGCAGCUCAUCACUGCGGAGGAGCAGAUGGGUGGCAGGGCUUCUCGGGCUGACUCCACCGACGAGAGGACGGAGUGGCAGACAGGCAGGCAGACGGCAGCGAGUCCUGUUCAAGCAUGCACGGAGCACACCUCUACCCGCACCCACAUCCCGGACCCCUCACCACCCUCACCCCACUCCCGGAGGAGCAAGAGCCCCUGCGAGGGUCUGGAGGGGACCUCCACCCCCAAUGACAACUCUUCCUCGCUCCAGGAAGAUGAAGAGGUAGACAUGGAGGCCAGCAGUCCAGUAAUGAACGGACACCCUGCCACUCCAGUGACCUCUGCUCGUUUCCCCAGCUGGGUCACUUUUGAUGACAAUGAAGUCAGCUGCCCUUUGCCACCCAUCACCUCUCCUCUGAAGUUGAACACACCACCUGUUGCUUCUGUGACCCCAGAUGUACCUUAUAACUCAACUGGCUCAUUUAAGAAGAGGGAACGUCCCAAGAGCACUUUGAUGAAUUUCUCCAAAGUUCAGAAGCUGGACGUUUCCUCCUUAAACCAUCCGCCAUCCAUAGCUGAGGCUCCACCUUGGAGGGCCACCAAUCCUUUCCUGAAUGAGACGCUCCAGAACGUACAACCCUCCCCAAUCAACCCUUUCAGUGCUUUCUUCGAGGAACAGGAGAGACGCUCCCAAAACAAUUCCAGGUCUCGUGCCACCGGCAAGAGCCAAAGAGAUUCUCUCAUUGUCAUCUACCAGGAUGCUAUCAGUUUUGAUGACUCAAGCAAAAACCAGUCACACUCUGAAGCUGUUGAAAAACUCAAACAACUCCAGAUCGAUGACCCUGACCACUUGGGCAGUGCGACACUGCCUGACGAUGACCCAUCAGCCUGGCUCAAACUAGAUGACCACCCGCCUGGUUCAGCACCAUCCCAGCCCAGGGAUGGGUGGUCAAUGAUGCUAAGAAUCCCUGAAAAGAAAAAUAUCAUGUCCUCCAGGCACUGGGGACCCAUCUACAUCAAGCUGACAGAUUGUGGUUACCUGCAGCUAUACUACGAGCAGGGCCUAGAAAAGCCAUUCCGCGAGUUCAAGCUGGAAAUCUGCCACGAGAUUUCAGAACCCCGGCUCCAAAACUAUGAUGAGAAUGGCAGGAUCCACAGCUUGCGGAUAGACCGAGUCACCUACAAGGAGAAGAAGAAGUACCAGCCCAAACCUGCUGUGGCCCACACAGCAGAGAGGGAGCAAGUGAUUAAGCUCGGCACCACCAAUUACGAUGACUUCCUGAGCUUCAUCCGCGCGGUUCAGGACUGUCUCAUGGAUCUGCCCGUGUUGUCCAUGGACUUGAGCACCGUCGGCUUGAACUACCUUGAAGAGGAGAUUACAGUGGACGUCAGAGAUGAAUUCUCCGCCCUUGUGAGCAAAGGGGACAACCAGAUUCUCCAGCACCACGUCUUGACACGGAUCCACGUUCUGAGUUUCCUCUCUGGGCUCGCAGAGUGCCGCCUGGGCCUCAACGACGUCCUCGUCAAAGGAAAUGAAGUCGUGUCCCGGCAAGACAUCGUGCCGACCACCACCACCAAGUGGAUCAAGCUCCACGAGUGCCGUUUCCACGGGUGCGUGGACGAGGACGUAUUCAGCAGCUCCCGGGUGAUUCUGUUCAACCCCUUGGACGCGUGCCGCUUCGAGCUGAUGCGCUUCAGGACGGUGUUCGCCGAGAAGACUUUGCCGUUCACGCUCAGGACGGCAGCCAGCAUCAACGGGGCGGAGGUGGAGGUACAGAGCUGGCUGAGGAUGUCUACGGGCUUCUCUUCCAACUGUGACCCCCUCACUCAGGUCCCCUGUGAGAAUGUGAUGGUGCGUUACCCUGUGCCCAGUGAGUGGGUGAAAAACUUCCGCAGGGACAGUGUCCUGGGGGAAAAGUCUCUGAAAGCCAAAGUGAACCGAGGGGCCAGUUUUGGCUCAACUAGCGUCUGUGGCUCUGAGCCUGUCAUGAGGGUGACUCUGGGGACUGCCAAGUAUGAGCAUGCCUUCAACUCCAUUGUGUGGAGGAUAAACCGACUGCCUGACAAAAACUCAGCGUCUGGCCACCCACACUGCUUCUUCUGCCACCUUGAACUUGGCUCCGACCGGGAAGUGCCUUCCAGAUUUGCCAAUCACGUGAAUGUCGAGUUCAGCAUGCCCACAACUUCUGCCUCCAAAGCUGCCGUGAGAUCCAUCUCUGUGGAAGACAAGACUGACAUCAGGAAGUGGGUCAAUUAUUCCGCACACUACAGCUACAAGGUGGAGAUCGAGCAAAAAAAGAGUUUGAAGCCGGACUUUGAAGGAGAUGACAUGGAAAAUCCCAAGGAGUGUGGGGUCCAGUGAUGAAGCCCUACUGAGGGGCCCUGACCCAGGAGUCCCGAUAGGAUAUCUGCCUGCAUAGCUGAAGUUCAAGUCGGUACCUACCGUGACCGCUCCAUGUGGGGAACAGUGUAUUGGACCUUCCCGUUUGUAGUUCCAGGAACCCGAGGUGGUUGUUUUGGGGAGGCCCUGAGAGCGCCCGAAGCACCUGGGUCACCUGACUUUGGAGCUUAUUCAUUAAGCCUCCUCCUCUCCAGCUGCUGGUCUCCCAGCACUUGGGUGUGGCUUGUUGUGGCUGCGAGAGUCAGGAAAGGGAGCUCCCACAUCAGCCUUGGCAUGAGUUCCUUCUGAUGGUCUCCUCUCACAUGAACUUCUGGAGGACACAGUCGAGAAGUUAGUUCAUUAAGAACCCAGCUCUGUCACUCCCUCUAGGAAGGUACAAAACAAAUCUCCCCUUUCGGUUCCCUCGUCCUUUCAUCGGUGUCUCCAUUCUUUAAAUAGUCACUCUAUGCAACAGGAUUUUCCCAGACGUUUCCCUCCUGGUUCUAGAAUGAAACACUUUUUCCUCCCUCCAAGGUUUCAGUCACAGGGUCCACCACCCUGAGUCAGAGCCGAGGCCGGAAAGAAAGACACAAUAAGAGACUUUUUAAUACGGUGAUCAGCCCCCACAUUCUGCAAAGGGUGGCGGUUGAAGGAAAAGAGAAAUGGAGCUUAUUUUUCUUCAUUCUGGGGGAAGGGGACAUUGAUGGUAAGAGUAUAUACAGCGCAGGAGACAGCUUCAAUCUCUGUGAAUUCCCAAAUUCACACUGAAAAAUAUAGGCCAUUUCUGAUUCCUGAAACAAAUGGAUGUAUAUAUCAUACCUCAGGCAUUUGUCAGGGGCAUUGGGGGGCUCUUUUGAUACCUCGUAGCCAAUAGACAGCACGUGUCUCUCUAACUCAGACUUCACAGGACGUGUAUGCUGAAAAUAUGGUUUAAAGGCUGUUUCAAAACUAAGCUCAUCUGAGCUUUUCCCCAGAAACUCAGAGUCUGGUCAUCACAGUAUUGUAAUAGAUCUAAAAGGCAGAAGACGCUAGGGUAAAGAUGAUAGGAAAGCCAUAUAUAUUUUUUAAAAACAUUGGGAACAUUAAAUCCUGAUUCUAAGAGUCUGGGACACUCGAUCUUUCCCUUCAUCUGUUCCUGCUCACACUCUGCACCUCUGCUUCUUAUUUGUAUGUUGGUGUGUGUAUAUGUGUUUUUUACCACACAAGAAACUACAUCAGCCAUCCCAAAGGGGGCACCUGCUCUACAAUUUAAAGGCAGCUUCUGUCUGCCUUCCUGUGUCUCCACAAAGAAUAGAAUGGGGGGCCAGAGCACGCUUAUCAGAUUUAUAGAUGACACAGAAACAGACAUAUGGCCAGUCUGCAGAGUGGCAGAUUCAGGAUUAAUUUAUUCAAUGAAUAUUCACUGAAUUCUAACUAAGUACUGACACUAGGAUAUAGAAAUAUUAUACUUUUUUGAAAUACCUGAGCAUAAGAUGGAAACUAAAAAGAUGAAGUUGAAUAGGCAUUCAUGAGAAAUUGUAUUUUGAGUUUUCUUAAAUGCAGUCCUCUAAGUACAGCGUGGUGUGUGUGUGUGUGUGUGUGUGUGUGUGUGUGUGUGUUGAUGGGAGGGUGUCGGCAAGUCUUGGUUUCAGAGCAGUUCCUGUAGAAGUGUUUUCUUAUGGAAAUAGGAGUUCGUUUUGAAUCAGGAGUAUAUCGUGGCUAUCCACAAAGUUAUUUUAUUCAACCUGUGGCAUUAGAAGUCCAGGGAGCCCUGUGUGCUGUAUUGGUAAGUAUGCGUCUGGAUGGAGGGUGAAAUUCAAUUCUGGGUACCAUAUUUAAGAGAGACAUCAAUUAAUUGAUUGUGUUCAGAGGCAGGUGUCCAGGGUUGUGAAGGGUCUGAUUAUAUAAGGAAAAGGGGAAUAGAAGGUAUAGCUGGAAAGGGGGUUCAGGGAAGGAGGAAAUGAUGUAACAGGUGCAUUGAAAUUUCUGUUGUGCUAUAAAAAGGGAGAGGGCUUAGACUUAUUCUGUAGCUUCAAAGGGCAAACAUAGGAACAAAGGGGACCUUGAUGCAUGACUGGUGUUUGCUUCAAUAUAAGAAGGGGUUUCCAGUGAGAGUUGUUUCAUAGAGGAAUGGACUCAAGUUGUAAAAUCUCCUGUUGCUGCAAAUGCCCAGAGAAAGGUUAAAAUAAUGAUCGGUCCGGGAUGCUUACAUUGACUGUGAGCUGGAUGACCACUAAGAUCCCUUCUGCAUAUAGGUUUAGUCUCAAUAGUAACAGGACUCUCUGACUCUAGUUGUUUUUUUUCCUUUAAGGAGUAGUUUUUCACGCUCCUUGAAAUGUAUUGGGGCCCCCAGAGAGCACUGUCAAGUGAGCUCUCCAAGGCCCUCCCCUUCCUCUCUCAUACCAACAGCACGUGAGAUUACUCACGGGAGCAUCAAGAUGAGUUGAAGAGCAGGCAAGGUGAAGGUCGUUCUGGCACCUUCCUUACCCAAGGUUAGCGUCUGCACACCCUCCUAAGAUCUCUGCUUCGCCUGUUAGCAUCUCCUGUGCUCUGCUUGUUGGACCCUUAUCCCCACUUGGUGAAUUCCUUCCAUGCUUUCUUUAUAUUCAGCACGCAAAUUAUUACUAAUUUUAAAAAACUACCACCUUGAUUUCAUCAAAUUUGUUUUCCCUCUGCUCUUCAGGGGAAGUUGAUUAUGGAUAGCAUGUAGCGGGUUAGGGGAUAUAACACCAUGUAUUUCCAGACCUAGUGUUUUGCUAAUACCCUAAACAGAAAACACAGUUGGGCCAAUUACCUUUCUGAGGUGCAGAUUCUACGUUGUCACCUGGACCUGCAUUUUGUGGGUGUGGUCACAAAUAAUUCUAUGUUAUCAAUAAUGUGAAAUAUUCAAAGUGAAUUAAUUUUACCGAUAUAUAGUAUUACUAUUAGAACAUAAAUCAGAUAUCACCUAUCAAGAGCUCUGCUUUUUUUAAAAAUUGAUUUUAGAGAGAAAAGGAGAGAGAGAG